AACUUAAUUAACUUUGACAAAGUUUGUUAAAAAAAAAUGGAUUACGCGCGGGUCGUUUGCUCAUUUACAAUUCUGUAAAGUGCCGUAAUGAGCGUAAUGACAGGACGUUGCACUUUUACCACUCGUGUUGUUACAUAAACAAACUUUAUAAGCUGGACGUUAUGUCAGCAUCAACAGCAGAAGCCAGCUCGUCAUCCCUGCAGCGGGUAACACACAGCGGAUCCCCACCAGCCUCCUGCAGCAGCAGCAGCAGCAGCAGCAGCAACAACACCGCGGUCCGGUUACAUCCUAUCCGCGCCACGGUGCCGUACCAGCUUUUGCGUGGAAAUCAGCACAGCCCAACCCGCUCCGUUUCCUCCUCCUUCUCAGCAGCAGCCGGGAGCAACUCGGGAGGACCGACGACGUCCCGUUGCUCCAGUCCCGCCAACCCGAGUGGAAGCGGCUCCUCGGACGGCAGGCUGGUCCCCAAGCAGAGACUGUCACCGCCGGACAGCAGGAGCUCACCUGAACGCUCUCCCCUCUCGCCUCCCCCCAAAGUUGAAAGGACAAAACCCCAGCAGGUGCGGAGCUCGGGGGCCAUUUGGCGGACUUCCUCCCUGGGCACUAUCGCAGGGCCCUACCUCACCGGGCAGUGGCCUCGUGACCCCCACGUGCACUACCCAUCUUGUAUGAAAGAUAAAUCCACACAGACUCCUGGAUGUUGGAGUGACGAGACUGGAGAGAAGAGGAGCACCCACCAGCGCUCUGCGUCCUGGGGCAGCGCCGACCAGCUCAAAGAGAUCGCGAAGCUCCGGCAGCAGCUCCAGCGCGGCAAACAAGGAGGACGUCACAGUAAAGAGAGAGAGCACCUGUCCCCCCUCCAGUACACCACCAUCACCUACAGCGCCCUGACCAGCCCCACCAAUCACACGUCCACAGCCAGCCUCUAUCAGCAGUUUUCCAUGUCGAAGUCGGCUCAGAUGCCGCUGUCCAACAUCACGGUGCCAAAGCCCUCCAUCUCCAGGGUGCCCAGCAGCAUGGAGGGCAUCAACCACGAGCUGGAGAAGGUCUUCAUCAAAGACAACGGAGAGAAGGAGGAGCUGAAGUCUCUGGAGGUCCCUGACGGCCGGAGGGCACCCUUCCAGCCUCAGCAGCGCAGCAGCAGCACCCGCAGCGUGGACACCCAGACCCCCUCGGCCCCCGGGCGGUCCAGCAGCUGCUCCAGCCUGUCGCCCUGCCCCUCGCCCGCCUGCCCCCCAGGAUCACACGACGGCAGUCCUUACUCCACAGAAGAACUACUCUACGACCGGGAUAAAGACAGUGGAAGCAGCUCACCUCUGCCCAAGUUCGCCUCCUCGCCCAAACCAAACAACAGCUACAUGUUCAAGCGAGAGCCGCCAGAGGGCUGUGAGAAGAUUAAAGCUUUUGACGAACAGAGCUCCAGACAGUCAGCAUCAGCGUCGGUCCCGCUCUUCUCCUGCCCCGACAAAAACAAGGUCAACUUCAUCCCGACGGGCUCGGCGUUCUGCCCCGUCAGACUCCCCGGCUCCCUGCACCUCAACCCGGCCUCGCAACCCGAGGAGGACGAGGACGACGACGCGGAGCUGCAGGGGGCCACGUCGCUGUACGGCGCCCCGACUCAGGUCUCCACGAGCACCAGCACAGACGACCCCCCGGAGGAGCCCGGCUCGCCCUCAGAGACCUCAGACCCCCCCACAGACAGCCCGGCCAUCAGCUAGACCUGAGCAGAGCUGGCCUCUGGCUUCGGGAUCCACCGAGCAUCACCACUGACUGUCCCACCAACACCUCCCUCUGCUCCGCUGGGGAGGGGAGGGGGGGGGGGGGCUCUGUCUCUCUGAGCUGACCCCCUCCCCCCCCCCCACCCUUCUAUCUCUGCAUGACGUAGCAACAAUGUCCCAACAACCACCACCGCCACUACAAAAACUCGCCACCUCGUUGUUUGUCCUGCGUUCGGUCGUUGGCAGAGGAGGAGCUGAUGGUUACGUGCAGGCAUCGGAGCACUAUGGAUGGGGGGAGGGGCAUGCAUUUUAAACUGGUAGUAUAUUUCUGAUUAAAUUAUGUGUUAUUGUGUUCAGUUUCAACAUUCACAGUAUGAAUAAGCUCUCUAAACGUAUAUAUACACAUAUAUAUCUCUAUGAAAAGAAAGAAAUGCUCGUUUCAAAAGAAGAAAAUCCAAAACCGUGUAUUGCUGUGCGACAAAGCGAACGGGAGGAACAGCUGUACUAUUCAGGAUUCUGUUUACACGAUCAAGGUGUCAUUGGUAAACCCGCUCUAAAGAGACAAAAA